AUGGUCGCAAUCGUGAACGCCCUCUUCGCUACGGCGAUCGCCCAGCUCACCUCGUCGUGGUCCUGGCUGUACGGGAAGCCGUCCUUCCAGCUCGCGGGCUGCUCGAUCGACACGUUCGUGCCUGCGUUCCCGAGCGGGCAGACACAGCUCGUCGCGCCGACCGUCCCGCCCAACUUCAUCGGGCUCGCAUUCGGCGUGCAGAACUACACUUGCUCUGCCUCGAACAACUUCACGAGCACGGGCGCGGUCGCGGAGCUCAUAGACGUCUCCUGCAUCGUCUCCCAGCCCUCGUUCGCGACGCUCCAGAACGACCUCUUCAACGCGUGGACGAACCUCAUCCCGUACCCGAUCCAGGCGGUCAUCGACCUCCUGCACCUCGUGAACCCCCCAGAGGUGCUCGCGCAGCACUAUUUCGUCACGAACCCGACCACGGGCCAGGGCGUCAGCCCGAAGUGGGACUUCACGUCCUCGGGCGCGUUCCAGGGAAACCAGAACGCGUACAUCAUCGCGAAGGGCAAGGGCACGCUGCCGGCGCCGACGAACUCGACGCGCGAUGUUGCGUGGCUGGAUGUCACGGGGAUUCAGGGCGAGAUUGCGAGCGAGGUGUUCCGCUUCGACACGGUGGGCGGGCAGCCCCCGUCUUCGUGCGUGUCGGGUCAGACUCCGGACAUAUCGGUCAAAUACGUCUCGAAGUACAGUAAGUAUACGUUUCUUCUGUGUUGUGCUUGUGCCUAG